GCAAGGUCUACCGAAGCAUCUGCCUGUGUGUCUGCCUGCCCGUCUAAGAGGCAUUAUUGUUCACCAGUGCUGAAAGUGAAGGAAAAUCGCUUUUUAAGGAUAUAACAAGGGAAAUUUUUUUUUUAGGUUGAACCAUGUCUUCCAGCUCGGCAACGUUACGCAUUCUCAUAAAGGGAGGUAAAGUGGUGAACGAUGACUUCACACAAGAAGCAGAUGUGUACAUCGAGAACGGCAUUAUCCAGCAAGUGGGAAAGGAGCUGAUGAUCCCAGGUGGGGCCAAGGUUAUCGAUGCCACAGGAAAGCUGGUGCUUCCGGGUGGCAUUGACACCAGUGUUCACCUGAACGAGAGCUUCAUGAACGCCAGCACCGCGGAUGACUUCUACAGCGGCACCAAGGCUGCUCUGGCUGGAGGCACCACUAUGGUGAUUGGUCAUGUGCUGCCAGAAAAGAACGAAUCAUUGCUGGACGCUUAUGAAAAGUGCCGCUCUCACGCUGAUGCCAAGGCCUGCUGUGACUACGCUCUUCAUGUGGGAGUGACCUGGUGGGGACCAACGGUUAGGGCUCAAAUGGAGACACUGGUGCGGGACAGAGGGGUGAACUCCUUCCAGAUGUUCAUGGCAUAUAAGGACAUGUACAUGCUGAGGGACAGCGAGCUGUUUCAGGCCCUGCAGAACUGUAAGGACAUCGGUGCUGUGGCCCGCGUCCAUGCGGAGAAUGGAGAGCUGGUUGCGGAGGGUGCCAGAGAAGCGUUGGAUCUGGGUAUUAGUGGACCAGAGGGCAUUGAGAUAAGCAGACCUGAGGAGCUGGAAGCAGAGGCCAUCCACCGAGCCAUUACCAUUGCUAACAGAGCCCACUGUCCCAUAUAUCUUGUGAAUGUGUCCAGCAUGUCAGCAGGGGAUGUUUUAGCAUCCGCUAAAAUGCAGGGGAAAGUGGUGCAUGGAGAGACCACCACUGCUCAUGCUGUCUUAAACGGGCUGCAGUACUACCACCAGGACUGGGCCCACGCAGCUGCUUUCGUCACUGUGCCACCACUCAGACUCGACCCCAACACACCCAAUUACCUGCUCAGCCUUCUGGGAAAUGACACUCUGAACGUCGUGACAUCGGACCACCGACCCUUCACCACUAAACAGAAGGCGAUGGGCAAAGACGACUUCACGAAAAUCCCUCAUGGUGUUCCUGGGGUGCAGGACCGCAUGAGCGUUAUUUGGGAGCGGGGAGUGGUCGGAGGCAAGAUGGAUGAGAAUCGGUUUGUUGCUGUCACAAGCUCCAAUGCUGCAAAGAUCUACAACCUUUACCCCAGGAAGGGCAGGAUCAUCCCUGGAGCCGAUGCUGAUGUGGUCGUCUGGGAUCCAGAAUCAACAAGGACCAUCUCUGUGACCACUCAAUGGCAGGGUGGAGAUGUAAAUCUGUACGAGAACCUACGCUGUCACUGCGUCCCGCUGGUAACCAUCAGCCGUGGUCGCGUGGUCUAUGAAAAUGGCAUCUUCACCUGUGCUGAGGGCUCAGGAAAGUUCUACCCUCUCCGAACCUUCCCAGACUACCUGUACAAGAAAAUGGUCCAGAGGGAGAAGUGUCAAGCACUCAAGGGGGUGGAGCGUGCGCCCUACACUGGAGACGUAGCUGCAGUGCAGAAUUCAGGGAAGAAGGAAGUGGGCCCUUCAGAUGGGGACAUGAACCCACGACCCUGCACGCGCCACGGGGGAGUGAGAGACCUACACGAGUCCAGCUUUAGUUUGUCUGGUGCCCAAAUUGAUGAUAACGUUCCAAAGAGAGCUUCCGCAAGGAUUCUGGCGCCACCUGGUGGUCGUUCUAGUGGUAUCUGGUAACAUUUCGGAUCAACACUUUCGGAAGUCUGAAACUACAGUAAACACCUACAUUUUUGACAACCUCACAUCUGAUGAAAAUUAUUUCAUUUUAAUCACUUGCAAGAAAACGCCUGUGGGUUUUUUUUAUGUAUGUGUGUGUACGAGGG